CGGCUGAGCUGCGGGCCGGCCCGGAUGGCGGGCGGCGCGGGCUGGGCGGGCGCCCCCGCGGCUCUGCUGCGCUCCGUGCGCCGCCUGCGCGAGGUGUUCGAGGUGUGCGGCCGCGACCCCGACGGCUUCCUGCGCGUGGAGCGCGUCGCGGCGCUGGGACUGCGCUUCGGUCAGGGCGAGGAGGUGGAAAAACUUGUGAAAUAUUUGGAUCCCAACGACCUGGGGAGAAUCAACUUCAAGGACUUUUGCCGGGGGGUGUUCGCCAUGAAAGGGUGUGAGGAACUUCUGAAGGAUGUGCUGUCGGUGGAGAGUGCGGGGACACUGCCCUGCGCGCCGGAGAUCCCGGACUGCGUGGAGCAGGGCAUCGAUGUCACAGGCCCCACCUUUGCUGAUGGCGAGCUCAUCCCCAGGGAGCCCGGCUUUUUUCCCGAGGACGAGGAGGAGGCUAUGACGCUGGCCCCAUCUGAGGGCCCCCAGGAGUUGGACACAGACAGCCCCAUGGAGAGCACUCAGAGCCUGGAGGGGUCUGUCGGGAGUCCCGCCGAGAAGGACGGGGGACUCGGGGGCCUGUUUCUGCCAGAGGACAAGUCCCUGGUCCUCACUCCGUCCAUGACAACUUCGGACCUUUCUACACACUCCACCGCCUCGCUCAUCAGCAACGAGGAGCAGUUCGAAGACUAUGGGGAGGGUGACGACGUGGACUGCGCCCCUAGCAGCCCUUGCCCCGACGACGAGACCAGGACCAACGUCUACUCCGACCUGGGGUCUUCGGUGUCCUCCAGUGCGGGGCAGACGCCUAGGAAAAUGCGGCACGUGUACAACAGCGAAUUGCUGGACGUUUACUGCUCUCAAUGCUGCAAGAAAAUCAACCUGCUCAAUGACUUGGAAGCCCGGCUGAAAAACCUCAAGGCCAACAGCCCCAACCGAAAGAUCUCCAGCACGGCCUUUGGACGGCAGCUCAUGCACAGCAGCAAUUUCAGCAGCAGCAACGGCAGCACCGAAGACCUGUUCCGGGACAGCAUUGACUCCUGCGAUAAUGACAUCACAGAGAAGGUGAGCUUCCUGGAAAAGAAAGUGACAGAGCUGGAGAAUGACAGCCUGACCAACGGGGACCUGAAGAGCAAGCUGAAGCAGGAGAACACGCAGCUGGUGCACAGGGUGCACGAGCUGGAGGAGAUGGUGAAGGAUCAGGAGACUACGGCCGAGCAGGCGCUGGAGGAGGAGGCGCGGCGCCACCGCGAGGCCUACGGCAAGCUGGAGAGGGAGAAGGCCACCGAGGUGGAGCUGCUCAAUGCCAGGGUGCAGCAGUUGGAGGAAGAAAAUACAGAGCUUAGAACAACAGUGGCUCGGCUCAAGUCUCAAACAGAGAAACUGGAUGAGGAGCGGCAGCGCAUGUCUGACCGUCUAGAGGACACCAGCCUGCGGCUCAAAGACGAGAUGGACCUAUACAAGCGCAUGAUGGACAAGCUGCGGCAGAACCGCCUCGAGUUCCAGAAGGAGCGGGAGGCAACGCAGGAGCUCAUCGAGGACCUGCGGAAGGAGCUGGAGCACCUGCAGAUGGACAAGCUGGACUGCGAGCGGCUGGGCCGGGGGCGGAGUGCCUCCUCUGGCCUGGGCGAGUUCAGUGCCAGGGCCCGCGAGGUGGAGCUCGAGCACGAGGUUAAGCGGCUCAAGCAGGAGAAUUAUAAGCUGCGGGAUCAGAACGAUGACUUGAAUGGACAGAUCUUGAGUCUCAGCCUCUACGAAGCAAAAAACCUCUUUGCCGCCCAGACCAAAGCCCAGUCUCUGGCUGCAGAGAUAGACACCGCCUCACGCGAUGAGCUAAUGGAAGCCCUGAAGGAGCAGGAGGAGAUCAACUUCCGGCUGAGGCAGUACAUGGACAAGAUCAUCCUCGCCAUCCUGGACCACAACCCCUCCAUCCUCGAGAUCAAACACUAAGGCAUGGGGCUGGCUGCAGAGCAGCCUCAGGACCCUGGGACAAGGGGCGGACCCUGCUUGAGGAUGCAGGCCUCAGCCAGGCCUCACACUCACACUGUAAAUGUGUCUCUGGCCACCAUGCGUUACGUGUACCCGUGUAUAUGUGGGGAGGCUGUGCGCGUGAGCGAGGGGUGAGUGGCCGUGGCCGUGGGCAGUGUCCACACGGUUAGCUGUGCAUGCACUUUGUGGCCCCUUUUCAAGGGGCAGAGGGUACUGGAAGUGGGAGGGGGUGAGGUCUACUAUCAGGAGUUACUGUAAAAACAAGAACUGGAAGCUCGUGUUUCCGGUACUGGGUAAAAUGAUUCUACCUCUGGGGAUGAGGAUUCACGUUCGCUCUCGUGCGAUGGGCUCUUUCGCCGCACUCCUCGUCCCGCUGGGAGUGGGAGCAAAAUCAUGAUCUUUCCCGGGAGUUUAAAUUCCCCAUAUUUGUGUCCUCGCCAGCUCUUUGGCCACCUUUCAGACCCCACUGUUCAAGCAAAGAGAGGAUGAAGGGGCAUCUGGAGGGUCCACGAGAUGGGAUCCCCACCAAACACCAUGGCCCCCAGCCGGCAGCCCUCUGUGAUGUGUGCACAGAGUGAACAGGACUCAGGUGUCAGAGGAGGUGGUGCGGGCAUCCUCAUCCUGCAGAGUUCAUGCACCCCUCGCCCGUGCUACCUACCUCCCACUUGCUGUUUUGGUUUGGUUUUUAAGACAAUGAAGCAGUAUUCACUGGGUGUAACAAGAAGGGAUAAAAACGAAGGAGAAAAAGAGCGUUUGGGAUGGAGUGUCUAAGGCAGGAGUUGACAUCCGGCAACCAAAGAAAUGGUUUUUUGGGAAGGAACGCAGCUCCCAUCCUGGUCAGUUUCCUUCCCACAGCUGCAUCUUAAGAUGGAUGCGUGGAGAGGCCGUCUGCCUGGCUCCCUGUCUUGAUUCUCCACGCAGCCUGGUGAUGACAGGCCUUGGGUUUGGAUUUCAGAAUCCGAGCUCCGGGUUCCACUUGUGUGGCAGCAACACUGCUUCGCUCCAGCGUGUAGGAACACACCUGUAUUUGGUUCUCAGCACUGACAGGAGGCAGGUGGGAAAGUUGCGGGAAAACCUUAGUCUUCCAUCCUCCAACCCGUGGUAGAAAUUCACACCAUGGAUUUUUAAUGGAUCUUUUGUUCUAGGCAGCUGGGAGUAGACAUGGUACUUAGAGUUUUCCAAUCUCUCUCGAUUUUAUAUGGCUUGUGAUUCAUUUUCUUAACCCAAAUAUAUAUAAACGUGUGUGGUCUUAUUCUUUCC